UUUAGAUGUGAAUGGACAAUCUUUAUGAAAAUAAUAAAAUGCUACAGAUUGGCUAAUGAAGACAAUUUACCAGUGACAAAAUAUUUUUUAAAUAAUUCUAUAAGGACCUAACAUUGACCUAAUAUAAAUGUUAGGAAUUUUAAUUAUUGGAUUCGUAAUCCAUUGUAUUAAAAAGGGGAGUAAUUUUCUGAAUAUUAUUAUUAGGGUUCGGAUUUGAAGGCAAAUGUCUUUCUUUUAUUAAUCAUAAUAGAAAAAUAAUUUUUAUACAAAAAUGUGUUUCAUUUAAUUUCUUGAAGAUGGAACCUUUUUUUUUUUUGCCUUUUUUUGCCUUUUUACUUAUAAAUGCCAUUUUGCCUUUUUUACUACUUUUUGUACUUAUAAAUGCCUAUUUUGUGUUUAAUUUUUCAGUUGAUUUUAUAAUUUUAUACACAGCUUGCGUAUUAUCGCUACAAAUGGGUUUUAUUAUUCGCAAUAUUUAUCGAUAUCGUCUUAUCGAGUAUUUGGUAUGGCCAUAAAAUUACCCGUACACCUAUUUAAAGAUUAAGAUAUGUUUGUAAUGCGUAGAUUCAAGAUUGUUCGUCAGUCCGCCCGCAUUUGUCGAUCGCAAUAAUCGUCGUUCAAUAAUUUUUCCACACGUUUAUUUUAUUCUGUUUUUUUAAUUAUGCCAAAAGUUAAACAAAAUUAAAAUUCCAAGUUGAAAAAGUAUGUUUCAGAAUUCGGUGAAAUUCAACCGAUGGAUUAAUUUUAUAUUGUAAAAUUUGUGACGUCAAAGUGUCAAGUGAGAAAAAAUUCCAUAUUCAGCAACAUAUCGGAAGAGAUAAACACAAAAAUGCACUUGCAAAAAUUGAAAAUAGUAAAAAAAUUCAGCCUUUCAUUAAUAAAAAUACCAUUUCGAAUUCGAAGAAGAAUCUAAAUGUGUGAGAGCAGCUAAAAGACUUUUUAAAAUGCCAUCGAUACAAAGUAAUCUGGUGUAUAUUGUAUCUAAUUUUGGAUUUUUGCCUGACACAAUUACAAAACUAGACACAAGAGGUGUAUUACUAUCGAAAAGUGUAGAUAUUGUAAAUAAUAUACAGAUUAAACUCGAAGAAUGCAAUGGCGAAAUAGCUAAAUUGAUUUUGGAUAAAUUCAACAAAGUUAUAUCGAAGAACAAAGGAUGGGAAAAUAUCAAAAAUAUCAACCAAGUAUUGAUUGGAGAAACCACAAGCGAUGACGAUCUAUCAAGUAGUAAUCUUAAUUUAGAUAAUUAUUUAAGUAUGAAAUACGCCCCGAUAACUUCGGUGGACGUAGAAAGAUCGUUUUCGAUAUACAAAAAUAUUUUAACCCCUAACCGUAGCCGUUUUACUGAAGACAGCCUAUCAAAAUACAUGGUAGUCAAUUAUUUUUUUAAUACCAACUAGUUUAUUUUGCAUGCAGUUUUAAUUUUUAAUUUGUAUUUUUCUCAAAAUGUGUGCAAUUGAAAGUGUUUAAAAAAUGUUCACUUUUUCAUUUUGUAGUAUAUUUAUGAAUUGCUUUUUUAUAUAAAUUAAAUGCCUUUUUUUACAUUUUAAAUGCUUUUUUUAUUGAU